AUGUCGACUCUGCUCUUCCUCUUCCCAUCCCGUCCCUAUGUCGCCAACUUUGCCAGCGUUCUUUGUGUCCGCGAGAGUCUGGCCAGAACAGGCUUGGGCGAUGGACGCGAGCACGGCCCGUCAGACAGGCUUUCCGUCGUUGUUGCGCCAACGAGCAUGUCUGCAGUCAAAGCACCGACGUCGCUCUCCACGAGCUUGCCCGAUGUGCCUGUUGGCCAAGAUCCUUUUGACUACUACAUUGCUAUAUCCGAGGAGCUCAUACACCCCACGCCGACUGGCGGCUACGAGGCAAGACUAUGGGCCUUGACUGCCCUGGCAAGUGUGCAUAUCCUUCUAACGACCGUGCACAUGUCUAUGACUAUGAGGUCUAGCAAAUUGUACAUCUGCAAGCGAGUCAAAAGGCCAGAAGGCUAUUACAUCAUCGUCAAUCCCAUGCUUGCGCCCGCCUGCGAGAUAGCUGCUGGCGCUGUCAUCAUAGCAUCCGGCGAAACAUACCGUCGUGUGUAUGUCCAGCAAAUCGGCAGCUGCAGUGAGCUCGCCCUGCACGCCCUCACUUGGGUACCUCUCUGGGUAGCGUAUGUCGUGCACGUGGUCGUCAACUCUCAGGCGCUCGCCCUGAUGACGACCAAGUCGAUCAUCAGCCCACACUGGCUCAAUUGGGUCGCUUACGGCCUGCCCGCUUGUAUUCUCAUUCCACUCAUCACGCUCGGCAAUGUCGCGGAUCACAGACUAGACGGGAUCACUGCUUCGUUCGUUCAGAUCAAGAGCGAGCUGCAGGCAGGUCAGAGCUUGUAUGCCGGAAGCUCGCAAGCGGCAAAGAUGGUCCUGACGCGAGUCUAUGCGGAUUACGAUACUGUCAUACUUCGCUCGAGACAUCUUGUCGGCAUGAUCCGAGGUAUCUAUGCGCUAUGGGUCCUCAAGCUCUUCAUCGGACUGGCAGCAAACUAUUCGAGCCUCUUGUUGCUCAAACACAUUACUGAGACGCUGAGAUACCACCGGGAGCAGAUCAUACGAUCGACGACCACCGACAAGGGCGAUGUAGAUGCAGAGAAGGAUAUCGCGCUCACGGUCACACUUUCGUACGGAACUGCCGAAAGGAGUCGUGAUACGAACUAUCGGGCACAUGUGGUUCGUCUCGCGGAGCUCAAGCUCGUCAUGGCGGUCGUCAUCGUCAUCGGCACGAUCACUUGCAUCAGUGGUAUGGCAAUCGCGCUCCUUGGCUCUAUCGUGCCUUUCGAUGCUCUUCUUGAUUUCCCGACCAACGAAGUCGUCGGCUGCCUUAUCAGCUGGGUUUAUCUAUUGCUUAUCAUUCCAGCCAGGGGCGUGCAAAUCUGCCGAUAUAUCUGGCGGCGGAACAACAAGGUCAUGACAUUACACGAGGCCUUGAGCGCCCAUGAGGAUCCGACGACAAGCUCAGCAUCUGUCUGGACAGGCAUACAUACAUCCGGAGCAGGGAGCGCCAACUCGUCGAAGCCCAAGUACACACAGCCGGAUGCAUUCACAUCUGACCAGAUCGAGGUUCAUACGACGGUAAGCCAGACGAGCGACGGAUGA